UUCUCCAUCAUGACCCUCCCAAGACCUGAUUGUAGUAAGGAUGGUGGAAACCAACCCAGAAAACAAGGGGCUCUCUAGAAGGCAUCUGGGGAGGGGGAGUGAAGAGGGUAGCAGAGACACCCGCUGGACAAGCUUAACUACGGGAACAACUGAGAACAGUUUUGAAGGUUCCGGGCGCGGGGAGGCCGAGACGCGGGAGUGCAUCUACUACAACGCCAACUGGGAGCUGGAGCGCACCAACCAGAGCGGCCUGGAGCGCUGCGAGGGCGAGCAGGACAAGCGGCUGCACUGCUACGCCUCCUGGCGCAACAGCUCGGGCACCAUCGAGCUCGUCAAGAAAGGCUGCUGGCUGGACGACUUCAACUGCUACGACAGGCAGGAGUGCGUGGCCACCGAGGAGAACCCCCAGGUGUACUUCUGCUGCUGCGAAGGCAACUUCUGCAACGAGCGCUUCACCCACCUGCCCGAGGCGGGCGGCCCAGAAGUCACGUACGAGCCACCCCCGCCAGCCCCCACCCUGCUCACUGUGCUGGCCUACUCGCUGCUGCCCAUCGGGGGCCUCUCCCUCAUUGUCCUGCUGGCCUUCUGGAUGUACCGACAUCGCAAGCCCCCCUAUGGCCACGUGGACAUCCAUGAGGACCCUGGACCUCCACCCCCGUCCCCUCUGGUGGGCCUGAAGCCGCUGCAACUGCUGGAGAUCAAGGCUCGGGGGCGCUUUGGUUGUGUCUGGAAGGCGCAGCUCAUGAACGACUUCGUGGCUGUCAAGAUCUUCCCACUCCAGGACAAGCAGUCGUGGCAGAGUGAACGGGAGAUCUUCAGCACGCCUGGCAUGAAGCAUGAGAACCUGCUGCAGUUCAUUGCCGCGGAGAAGCGCGGCUCCAACCUGGAGGUGGAGCUGUGGCUCAUCACGGCCUUCCACGACAAGGGCUCCCUCACGGAUUACCUCAAGGGGAACAUCAUCACAUGGAACGAGCUGUGUCACGUGGCAGAGACCAUGUCCAGAGGCCUCUCAUACCUGCACGAGGAUGUGCCCUGGUGCCGGGGUGAGGGCCACAAGCCGUCUAUCGCCCACAGACGGUGUAAAUUCUGGCCAGGAAACUCACAUCCCCAGCUGCAGUGCCCCUCCGCAAACCCUCUGAGAAUGGACUUUAAGAGCAAGAAUGUAUUGCUGAAGAGUGACCUCACUGCUGUGCUGGCUGACUUUGGCCUGGCUGUUCGGUUUGAGCCAGGGAAACCUCCGGGGGACACUCACGGGCAGGUGGGCACGCGGCGGUACAUGGCCCCCGAGGUGCUCGAGGGAGCCAUCAACUUCCAGAGAGACGCCUUUCUGCGCAUCGACAUGUACGCCAUGGGGCUGGUGCUGUGGGAGCUCGUGUCCCGCUGCAGAGCUGCCGACGGACCUGUGGAUGAGUACAUGCUGCCUUUUGAGGAGGAGAUCGGCCAGCACCCGUCACUGGAGGAGCUGCAGGAGGUGGUGGUGCACAAGAAGAUGCGGCCUGCCAUCAAGGAUCACUGGCUGACACACCCGACAGUGAGUUUAAGAAACAGCAGGCGUGUCUUUUCACGGAUUAACGGGUGUUGUCCUGACCGAGGAAAAACUGGGCUGAGGAUGAGGAUGGUUUGGACUGGAGGGGAGGACGGAGCUGGGGGUGGGUUCUGGAGCAGAGCUACACUGGACUCGGGCACAUUUGGAGCAACAUCCUUUGCUGUGAGACUACUCAGGUAACCCGGAAUCGAGGGGAAGGAGCGCCUGGAGGCCGAGCAUGAACGGCAAGAGCGGGGUUUGGAGAAAGUCUGAAAUCAGGUGUGGCUCUGGCCCAUCUGUUUGCCCUGUCCAGUUUUUUUUUCACUCUCUUGGGCUUGGGCAUAGGACACAACGUUUUUUUCUGCCCUGAUUUUAAGGUUCGGCUUUUAGUGAGUACAGUCUUCAUGAGACAUUGUACUGUAGAUAUCUAUAAUGGAAGAAAAGUUGAAAUAGUUUCCUCCUGGAGCAGUUCAGGGAAACGGCCACGGGGGGGCGCCCUGCACAGCCGGGGCGAGAGGAUUUCCUGGGUCCGGCCUGGCCAAGGCCUGUCUCCCUGGAGAGCCCGAGUCCUGCGGCGCUGGCUCUGCCCUGGGUGGUGACAUUACUCGUGGACACAGCUUUCUCCAGACCCCCUUACAAGAGGUGCAUAUUUGAAAAAACCGUUUCUCUGUUUUGCCAUAACCUUGCUCUCGUCAGUCAGUGUUCCUAAUGCUGCUGUUUCAACCUGAGUUUUUUUUUUUUAAUUUAUGAAACAUGCAAAUUAAAAAAAAACAAAACAAAACACACACAUCCACACAAACGCUUUGCUAUGUGGCUUCCGAGGUUUAAAUUUUGAAAAGUAAAAGAAUUAAAACUUCACGACCACAGACCACCUCAAACCAGAAAUACCUCAGAAUUUUCUACUUGUGUAAGUUUUAUUAUAUAUUUUAUUAGUUGUGUUGUCUCGUAGUAAGUAUAUUUUAAUGUAAGUUGGCUUUUAUGAUAAGAAAGUUUAAAAGAAAUAGAGAAAAAGAAAAAAAGUUGUGAGUCUUCUAGGGAGUGCUCCUGUUUUUCGUUGAUAACGUCCCCUUGUAAAUAAUUGUCAUCCACUGUAGGUUGGCUGUCUGGGCCGAGUCUGGGCAUUCAUCACUUAUUUGUGAAGGCGUUUCCUUCCCAUUGCUUUAGACCAUUUUAUUUGGAAACUGAUCUCUUCACCUUGAGGGUAGGCGAGUUGGUGGGCGAUGGGGAGAGGUUGACUGGGGUGAGAAGGGGGCGCCUGCUCCUGAGUUUUUUGGAGGUUCCGCUGUUUCCCUUGACUUGAGAGGUCAUUGUUCAGAAUGACAGGAGACCCCACAUUAACCUGGGAAAACUGUGGCCUUUAGACCCCCAUGAGGUAAUUUUACUUGAGACUUAAUCUCUUAAGCAAACCUGUGGUGGUGAGAGGGGACUGGCCGGCAGGCCUCUGGAACCUCGCUUCGCGGGCCGC